GCGGGCGGCGCGGAGGCAGCGGGCAGAGGCGGUGCGGGCCGAAGCGGAGCGGCGGGGCGCGGAGCGGGCAGGGCCACCAGCGCGCACCGCCCGGGCAGCGGUGUCCGAGGGCGCGGCGCGCGCGCACGGGGCAGUGCGGGCUCGGGCGGGCCGGGCGCUCAGCCAGCGGCCCCGGGCGCCAGAAUCCCGCGCGGCGGGGCCGGGAGGGGCACCGCGCCCUCCGCAGCCUGCAGCUGUCUCGGACCCGCGGGGCGCCCAUGACGGCCGCGGCGACCGUGCUCAAGGAGGGCGUGCUGGAGAAGCGCAGCGGCGGGCUGCUGCAGCUGUGGAAGCGGAAGCGCUGCGUGCUCACCGAGCGCGGGCUGCAGCUCUUCGAGGCCAAGGGCACGGGCGGCCGGCCCAAGGAGCUCAGCUUCGCGCGCAUCAAGGCCGUGGAGUGCGUGGAGAGCACCGGGCGCCACAUCUACUUCACGCUGGUGACCGAGGGCGGUGGCGAGAUCGACUUCCGCUGCCCCCUGGAAGACCCGGGCUGGAACGCCCAGAUCACCCUGGGCCUGGUCAAGUUCAAGAACCAGCAGGCCAUCCAGACAGUGCGGGCCCGGCAGAGCCUGGGGACCGGGACCCUCGUGUCCUAAAGCGCCAGGCGCACCAUCGUACCUUCUUCAUGCUUCUCACCACCGCGGUGCCCAGAGGUCAUGCCAGCUCCCCUGCCCUCUUUGGCUGGAGGGGACGUGACUGCGCCUCACGUGGCGAGGCGGAGGCCGUGGACGCGCGGAGGAGGCGCUGGAGCUGAGGGCAGGGACAGGCCCGGGAGGAGGGCAGAAGGCUGCGAGGGGCUGAGGAUGAAGAUUCAGCCCUUGGACGUCUCCGACUCUCAAGACAGACCUCGCUCAGGGGCCUCUGGCCACAGGCCUGGCCUCACAGAGCAUGAGGGAGAGCUGGCCUCAAAGCGCCCUCCCUGCCGGGGUCCUGCCAUCUGUCCCCCAGACUGCUGCACGCCCCCGGCUUUGAGCCACGCCUGGAGGAGGCCGGUCCUCUAUGGGGGCACACGAGGAGGCCAGCCUGGUGCCCAGAGGGGGCCUAUCCUGGGACGGCUUCUGGACUCACCUCCGGGAGAGGGGACUGCUGGGCCUGAGGCCCAUACUUGGGGGUCUCCUGCUGCUUAGGUCCUUUGGGGACCCCCACCCAUCCAGGCCUUUUCUUUGCACACUUUACCCCCACUCUACCCAUCUUCCCCCCACUGCAGUGCUAGGCCUGGAAGUGGUGGGGGUGGGGUGGGUCUGACCAUUACCAUUUCAUGUCUGUCCCAAAAUGAAGUUGCCCCGCAAAGGGCAGUAACCGCGC